GUGUGGCUACGCUGUGUGGGCGGUUCUUAACGAUCUGCUGUGUGGCCUGUUGUAUUUUAUGCUUAUGCUCGGCACCGCCAUCUUGUUGCCACUCUUCUGCGCGAGUGGAAAGAGUUUGUACUAGGGGGAUCCAGCCACGACUCUUUUUCUUUUUUUCAUUCUUCUGGCGCGUCCGGUGGAUCCCGCUGAGAAGUUUGAAGUGUCCCACCAUCUCAUAUUUUCUUCAUAACCUGGAGUAAAAUAAUAACGUGCCAGACAUGAGCAUCGAGACAUUGUUAGAAGCAGCCAGGUUCUUGGAAUUGCAAGCCCAGCAACAACAGAAAACACGUGAGGAGAAUGAGUUGCGGGAGCGUCUGCGUCAGGAGCAAGAGGCCGAGCAGCGGAAGAGAAAGGAGACGGUGACGGCCGUCCGCCUCAAUAACAACCACCACCAUCACCACCACAACAACAACAACCACCACCACCCCUACAACAACAACCACCACCACCAUCCCCACCACCACAACCAUGUCACCUGGGCCGAGGAGUCCGCCAGCAGCGGCAGCCUGGAGCGCCGCUUGGCCCCCCAGCCGCCGCCCCCUCCUCUGCCCAUCGCAGUCAUCCCCAUCCCCGUGGUGCCUUCUGCCCCCGCCGCGACCCCCAACCAGCAGCCCAACCCCAACGCCUUCCCCCCGGCCCCCAGCACGGCGCGGAGCCCCCCCACCACCACCGUGCACCACCCGCACCAGGCCUCCCCUGGCAAAGACGUGCGGGCACCCACCGCCGCCUCCACCCAGAGCACCCAGCACCACCUGCUCAUCUCCCCCCAGCAUAAGCACUCGGAGCCGGAGCCCAUCACGCUGAUGGCCGGGACCAAGCAGCAGCAGCAGCAGCAGCAGCAGCAGCAGCCUCAGAUGGUGCAUGGGUUGCAGCCGUACUCCGGAUCCAUCGUCACCGGCUCCUCCCAGCAUGCUCAGCCGGGGGCGCCGCAGCCCCAGCCCCCGGGCCAGACCAGCCCGGUGUCCAGGUCCAGCCCGACGCAGGACGACUCCCGCAACGGGGACGGGAAGAAGAACGGAAGGCCAGGAGGGGCAGGGACCAGAGAGGUGCAUAACAAGCUUGAGAAGAACAGGAGGGCGCACCUGAAGGAGUGCUUCGAGACUCUGAAGAAGAACAUCCCCAACGUGGACGAGAAGAAGGCCUCCAACCUCAGUGUGCUCCGCAGUGCCCUGCGCUACAUCCAGACUCUGAAGCGUAAGGAGAAGGAGUUUGAGCAUGAGAUGGAGCGCUUGGCGCGGGAGAAGAUCGCCAGUCAGCAGCGUUUGGCGGAGCUGAAGAAGCACCUGGGCCAGUGGAUGGACGUGCUGGAGAUAGACAGGCUGGUGCGGCAGACCGCCACCCCCGACGACGACCAGGUCUCCACCUCCACAGCCUCAGAGGGUGAAGACAACAUGGAUGUGGAUAUUGAGGAAGAGAUUGCACCACCACCACCACAGUCAUUAUCAUCACCAACAGCUGCCACAGCUCCAGCUCCAUCUACAUCUCCCAAAGUGCCUCCAGCUCCCCAGCCCGACCCCAUCAGGAAGCCCCCAUCCGCCCCCACCACCACCACCACCACCAAAGCCCCCCUACUCAGCAACAACCACCACCACCAUCACCCCAACCGCCAUAACCACCAACAAUCUCCCACCCCGACCACCCUCCAACACAAGCUCCCGGCUCAGCUCGCCCUUGCCAUCCCCCAGGCGGUCCCAGGUUCGGCCCCGCCGAUCCAGCUCCACGUCCAGGCUGCGGUACCGGCGGUGUCUGCUCCCUCUCCAGCCCCCACCACCAUCCCAGGCCCCGGGAUGGCUCUCAGCCCGGUGACCAGCUCCGCGCUCCAGGCCCCGACGCUGGUGGCCCCCCAGGCCCUGCUGGCCACCCAUCACAUCGUAGCGGCUCCGACCAGCGUCGCCAACUGCGUCACCACAGGGGUGACGGUCAACGGCCUGGUGCAGCCCACCACGGUCAUCGCCCACGCGGCCCCGGCCACCCACGCCUCCGUCAUCCAGGCCACGGUCAACCACAUCAUCCAGCCGGCCGGCAAGCCUGCCGCCCCGCACCACCAUCAGCCCGGACAGCAGAGCCAGCCCCCGGUCCACACCCCGCACACCACCCUGGCCCACCUGGCUCCCUCCCCCACCACGGCCGCCCCCCAGCCCAUCGGCCACAUCACCGUGCACCCGGUGGCGCACCUCAGCCAGCACCCGCACCACCCCCACCACCACCACCUGCCCACCAUCUACCCCCAGCCCGUGGCCACGGUAGCCGCCCAGCCGGGGGCCACGGUGGUGGGGCACAUCGCCCACACGCUCUCCCAGGUGAAUGGGGUGGGCUCGCCCGUGGGACAGGUGCAGGUGGGCAAGGCUCCGGCGGCCACUACCCAGGUGGUGACGGCGCAUCACCACCACCCGCAGCUGGUGGGCCAGACGGUGCUGAACCCUGUUACCAUGGUCACCAUGCCCUCCUUCCCCGUCAGUACACUGAAGCUGGCCUGAGGUGCAUGGACCACCUUGAGGAGGAGGAUGGGGAUGGUGAUGGUGGUCAUGGUGAAAAUGAUGGUGGUGAUCAUCAUGAUUGUGACGGUUUUCAUGAUGAAGAUGGUGAUGGUUGUUGACAUGGUUAAGAUGAUGAUGAUUACUGUUGUCAUGGUGAUGGUUGCUAUCAUCGUGAUACUGAUCAUGAAGAUGACGAUGGACACACAGGUGGCCGUGAUGGUGGCGAUGACGAUGGGACACACAGGUUUGAGAUCUGUGAUAAAGACUGGGCUUGGGGGGUCACGGGACAAGACACAGGACAGGGCAGGAUGCCACCUUUAUCUUGCUCCCCCGCAGUGCCCCCCCCGGCCCCCCACACUGUGCUGACGGGAGCACCACCAGUCUGUUACAGUUCGCAGUGCGGACUCCACCUUCAGAAAAAAAAACAAAAAAAAACUGACGACUUUCGAGGCUUUCUUUCGCCACUGUAAAGAACACUCAGUACAUUCCACAUAAAAAAAUAAAUCCACACACAAACACAUAAUACAGAACUCUAUAAUAAAAAAACAGAAUUAUUAUAUAAAAAAAGACUUUAAUAAUGAAAAUAUGAAAAAAAAAAUAGAAUUUAUGAAUUAUCUAUAGCUACAUAUUGACUUAAUUUUAAAAACUAAACAAACAACAAAAAAAAGAACGUGUUUGUGUGUGCGUGGGUAGCGCAAGAGUAUGUUGUUGUCCAUGAGUGUGACUGUUUUUGCUACUUGCUGUGCGUAUUAGCUUGUGAAAUGAUGGAUUACUGAAUGAUAUGUAGCCCCCCACCUCCCCCACCCCCUCAGCUCCACUAACCCCACCACCACCACCUACCAGAUUUGCCAGGUAUGGUGAGCACGAUAAGACAGCACGGUGCAGGGUGUAAAUAUGCCAGGCUGAGUUGCCUGGCACAGAUCUUAUGCGGGUUUCAUUGCCUCCCUCUGCACUAUGUGCCAGUGAAGCACCCAGCACACGAAGAACACAGACAGACAGACAGGCAGACACUCUGAGCCAAGCGCCAACUGUGCUUCUAAUACAGUCGUAAUACUGUAGACUGCAGCCUGACCGAUACUGUCUGCCUCACCUGAUCGACUUGUUUUUGUUGUUUUUGUGGCCAGGAGCCGCAGCUUUGAGCUUGAGUCUCUGUCUGGUGCACAGACUGGUUUUCUAUCAUAUCCCAGCACUGCUACUGUGGACUAACAUUGGUCUGGCCUUGAAGACGCCUCAGAGUGAUAUCUGAAUUCGGUAAAGAUCCCCCCCUCAGGCAAGGAUAAAGGCUGUCUUCUCUCUUGUCUCCCCCGAUCCAGAGCCAGUUCAUGUGGGGAUUCCCUUGUUUUUUUAGCAAACGCUGUGUCUGUGUGCUGUGCUGCCUUUCAGUGCCUCUGCUGCUCACGUCUUACAUGCUGCACUCAUGCCCUCUGCUGCCCAAAGGGGGUAAGUGCAAGAACCCUCCCCACCUAAACACACAGCCGAUACUGUGAGAAUCGACAGUACUGAUGCCCCAAAGCAAACUGCGGAGUUUGAGGCAUUAUCAUGGCAUUACGAGAGAGAAAAAAAGCAUUUUGAAAGUAUAUCAUGACACAAAAGUAGUGUAGGUCCACUGAAUGUAUAUAAAUAAAACGCAGUUACUGCAUAGCAUUGUAUGCCUUCGCUGUUGCAUUUAUUAUUAUAGAGAAACGCUAGAUUAUGAUUGGGUGUGAGUGGAGGACAAACACUGGCAAUCAAAAUGAAUUUCAAAAUCUUAGUACAGGAAAAGAAGCAUAAUGUCCCUUCUACUAUGGUGAAUGUGUUCCGCUAGUAGGCUUAUUGUGGUGUGGCCACUGUUGUUGACUUGCAUGUGUGUGUGAUCAUGUGCUGUUUUACCUAGUGAGUGUGUAUGUGUGUGAGAGCUCUCCAUGAACCGGCAACAGUCCACCAGCAGUGUCCAGAGGUGUGUUUGUGUGUGAGAGAGAGAGAGAGAGUGAGACUAUGUAUGAGUGUGUGAGACCGUAUCUCACAGUAGUGCCAGGGGGCAAAAGAAUAACCCCCUCAAAGGUCAUCUGCUUUAAAUGAACAUUAUGUAAGUCACACACGCCUGUAUUGUGACACACACUGCGCCUCUUGACAUCUCCUUUAAGACAUAGCAGGGCAGGCCACUGUGUUCAUGUAUGUGGAGGCAUGUAGGAACAUUACCUCUCUCGCUCCCUCCUCAUCUUCCUCCUGCUCCUCCUAUGUGGCAAUGCGUGAGUUUGAAUGACCAUGCCUGAACUAAUGAAUGACCGGCGGGCAGAGAUUGUGUUGACAAAAGUAACUUUUUAAAAGGAUGGAUGGAUGGAUGAUUAAAUAAAUAACACUCAGUGAAAGUCCGAUGGAAAGCCUGCAUUGUAAUAAUCUAAUCUUAAUAUUCCAUUCCAUUCGGGCACAGUGGCACACGUAGUAGUUACCGUAAUGUGUACGGUGGCCUGGUUGGCACACAUUGCACUCUUCUCCAGAGGCCCACGCUUACACGAGGCGCUCUUGACGCCUCCAGCACUGUGAUUUGCUGCUCACCAGCCCCCGUGACAAGCAAAAUAAUAUUGAAAUAUAUAUGAAAAAACUGGUUUACAGCUGUACUAGUUCAACUGCUACAAAUGAAUUACAAGUUCCCUUUGUUUUGUUGUUAUGCUUGUGUGAGGAUGUUUUUUUAAGUACACAUUUGGCCAUGUUGUCUGUUUUAUUUUCUAUGUAUGCACAGCUUGGCAUAUGUAAAGCAUUCACCUUCAAAAUGUAAUGUAUUUUUAACAGUUUUGGACUUGCCUGGUUUCGCAUGUAGUACCUUUUUUAUUUUAUUUUUUUUGUUUUUGUUUUUUGUUUUCUGGGACCAUGUACAGUACUGUAUACAGUGGGGCAACUUCUCAGACCUCUUUCCACUCUGAUAUUAUAUAUACAUAAUGUGUGUUUUCCCUAUGGAGAAAGUUAAAGUUGUAUAUAGCCUGUAAACUCUGGGCUGCAUUUAGAUCUAACUGUCCAUUAUGUUUAAAACAAAACGAUCUGUACAAGGAAAAAAAUGAAUUACAAGAGAACAAAAAGAUGAAGUUACUUAAUAAAUCUUGUUACAUUUAA